AUGGGGAAAUCAUCAAAAGAUAAACGUGAUAUCUAUUAUCGGUUAGCCAAAGAACAAGGGUGGAGAGCUCGCAGCGCAUUUAAAUUGCUACAAAUCGAUGAAGAGUUUGAUUUAUUCAAGGGCGUGCAUAAGGCAGUCGAUUUAUGUGCUGCACCUGGCAGUUGGUCGCAAGUGUUGACCAAAAAGCUAAAUGAGAACCGUGUUAAUGAUGAAUCGCCCCCAAAGAUAGUAGCCGUCGAUUUGCAAGCCAUGGCCCCCUUGGAAGGUGUCAUUCAGAUACAAGGCGAUAUCACAAAGUCAUCGACUGCCGAACAGAUUAUUUCAUACUUUGAGGGAGAAUUGGCUGAUCUUGUUGUAUGUGAUGGCGCUCCAGACGUUACCGGACUACAUGACAUGGACGAAUACAUUCAGGCGCAACUCUUGUUAUCGGCCUUGAACAUAACAACCCAUAUAUUGAGGCCGGGUGGAACAUUUGUUGCCAAGAUCUUUCGAGGGAAAGAUGUUACUCUGCUUUACGCACAGUUGAAAGUAUUUUUUCCGGUUGUUACGUGCAGCAAACCAAGGAGCUCGCGCAAUUCUAGUAUAGAGGCGUUUGUCGUUUGUCAGAACUAUACUCCGCCUGAAGGAUAUACACCAACUAUGGCAAACCCGUUAAUGGAUUUUUCGUACGGUCCCGAGAACGAGUUGUUGGGGGUAAAUCGUGUAAUUGUUCCCUUUGUAGCCUGUGGAGAUCUUAGUGGGUUCGAUUCGGACAAGACGUAUCCGCUCGAGGGAGAGAGUCUGGACCCACUUCAACCGCCAAUAAGUGCUCCAUAUAAAACAGCCAUAUCGUUGAAACAACAGAAUUUUUACAACAAAGUCCCAUAA